AUGGCUAUGCCCUCUUAUAUAAAGCUAGCAAAUAUUUCAAUAUGUUCUACAUCACCAAACUUCCUUUUCUUCUGGUUUCCCAUCAAUAGUCACGAUGGCCUUGACCAGAAGAUUGGCUCUUUUAGGGUUCGUGAUUUCCAUGCUCCUAAUGGUACUGAUGAACCCAUCUUCGGCAAGAGAGUUAAGAGAGCAUUUAACUUUCAUAAAGUAUCCUCCCAAAGGCUCUGGGGCAACGGGAACAUACGUACCAGUUCCAGCAAAUCCAUAUCACAGAGUCCUCCCAUUUUGGAGAAGGGUGGGAGUCCAAUGUGUGACCCAAAGAAGAAUUCCAAAUGUGUAUCAGAGCCUGUGAAUCCAUAUCCCGAACGUUGUAGCAAACAGAGUCGAUGUCAGGGUGAACCCUUGUCGGAGGCCAUGGAACUAAUGGAUUACUUGCCGUUUGCUUCGGCAAGAGAGUUAAGAGAGCUUGAAACUGUAGUAAAAUUUCCUCUCAAAGGCUCUGUGACAUUGGACGCAUUCAUCAGUCCUCCUACUAUGGGGGUAGGUGGCAGUUCAAAAUGUGACCCAAAGAAAUAUCCUAUAUGUGUACCAGUGCCUUCAAAUCCAUAUCACAGAGGCUGUAAUCCAGCAGAUCAUUGCCGGAGUGAUCCCCCGCCGAAGCCCAUGGAGCUAAUGGAUUAG